AUGUCAGACAUCACCUACAGCGGAUUCAAGGCUUCGGAGAUCAUUGCUGCUCUUCACCAGGCCUUUGCUACCUUCACGGACAAGGAGAAGCAGGACAACAUCAAGAAGACCAACGGCAUCUUCGAACUGCGCAUCUCUAACGACGCUAAGGAGGAGGCCGUCUGGACGAUUGACCUCAAGAAGAAUGCUACGGUCAUCAAGGGCACAGCCAAGCCCAAGGCGGAUGUUACCCUCAUCAUGUCCGAUGACACUUUCACUCAACUUGCGAGCGGCAAGCUGAACGGUCAGAAGGCCUUCAUGACCGGCAAGCUAAAGACUCGGGGUAAUAUGAUGCUCGCAACCAAGCUUGAGCAGGUGCUGAAGGUCGCUAAAUCAAAGCAAGCAAAACUCUAA